AUGCCGGCGCCUGACACCCAAGAACGACCAAAGGUCUUGAACUUGGUCGAUGCCAGUAUCAAGGAGCUUCUCGAGGCCCUCCGGAUCGGGGCUGUUACAAGUGUCCAGCUUGUGGCGCUUUAUCUGCACCGAAUCGGGCAGUACGACUGUCGGGGCCCCUCCUUGAACUCGGUCUGCGUGCUCAACCCCAAUGCGUUCGAGGAAGCGCAGAAGUCGGAUGACUAUCGUGCCAGUGGUCGGCCACCAAGACCAUUAGAGGGCAUUCCUUGCACGGUUAAGAACAGCUUCAUGGUCAAGGGGAUGACAGUCGCCGCGGGCUCACCUGCUUUUGCCGACCUAAUCGCCACGGACGAUGCCGCGGUUGUAUCGCUCCUGCGCGAAGCUGGAGCAGUGAUCCUUGGACUGACCAAUAUGCCCGCUAUGGCUGACGGUGGAAGCCAACGUGGACUCUACGGUCGUGCUGAAAGCCCCUACAACCUCCAAUACUCCACGACGGCCUUUGCAUCCGGUUCGUCCAAUGGCUGUGGCACAGCAACUGCGGCAAGCCUUGCAGCCUUUGGCUUAGCUGGUGAAACCGUCUCCUCUGGGCGUGCGCCGGCAUCCAACAAUGCGUUGAUCGGAUAUUCUCCCUCGCGAGGCGUGAUACCGAACAGAGGCCAAUGGCCACUCUACCCAACCUGCGAUGUCAUUGUUCCACAUACAAGAUCGAUGGAGGACCUAUUUGCCGUCCUGAACGUGAUUGUAGCCGACGAUGGUGAUUCCAGUCGGGGAAUUGAUUUCUGGAGGAAUCAACAAAUCGUCCCUAUUCCCAAGGCAUCUGAAAUUCGCCCAAAAGACUAUCGAGAUUUGGCUGACCCAUAUGCACUGGUGGGUAAACGAGUCGCCAUACCAAGAUGCUUUUUGGGGGACCCUUCUGCCAAACCGUUUCACGUCUGCACUACCGCAGUGAAAGCGCUAUGGGACAGCGUUCAGAAGACACUCGAGAGCCUCGGCGCGACUGUCAUCGCGACGGAUUUUCCUCUGCUCGAGAAGUACACAAAGAAAGACUUCCCUGGUCAAAGUUGCAACGUGCCUGGGCUAUCACACGAGUGGACAAGAAUCGAGCGAUGCCUGAUGAUUGCCACGGCGUGGGACGAUUUCCUGCAGCAAAAUGGCGAUGUGAGAUGUACCAGUCUUUCCAAGUGUGAUCCCGGCAAGAUCCACCCUUUGAUUGCACCCAUGGACGAUCCCUCGAGAUUCACCGAGGCGCAAAACCAAGUUCGUUAUUCGGAGAUGAUCGAGUCCAUCCGUGAUAGACAAUACAGCCUCUACGACCUUCCUGGUAUCGCGGAGGCAGUGAGAGCAUUGGAGGAUAUGCGAAAGAGAGAUUUGGAAGAUUGGAUGGACGCACAUGGUAUUGACCUGCUCGCUUUCCCCACCAAUGGUGAUGUUUCGUACGCCAAUUCGGACGAAGUGUACGAGUCAAUGCUCCAUGCAUUGCAGGAUGGGGUCAAGUAUUCCAACGGUGGCCGAGCGCUGAAACAUCUGGGAAUUCCCUGCAUCACUGUCCCGAUGGGGACUCUGAGUGACACGCAGAUGCCCGUGGGAAUGACGCUGGCAUCCAGAGCCUGGGCAGACAAUGACCUGUUGCGAUAUGCCUACGCGUAUGAAGUGGCGUCGCGGAACCGGACAGUCCCUCGUCUGACACCGCCUCUCUCUUCUGAUUCCAUCCCAAUGGUUCCGCUCCUCGACAGGCUAUGUAGUACAGCCAAGCCUUUUCUCAAUCUCGACUCGGCCACAUGGAAGGAACCGGCCAAUUCCGAGCACGAAGUUCGCCGAGAAGUUUCAGUAAAGGGAACGAUGCAGUCCAGCGAACCUACUGUCGGCAUUGCUUCACUGGAAGUCUUUGUUGAUGGAAAACUCUUUACCUCGAUUUCUCUGACGGGUGAGAAAUGGGAAUGGAACGCGUGUCUUUCACGAGCCAAGGUGGUCGACCGCUAUCCAACAAUCGGCAGAGUACCAAAGGACUGUUUUCUUGUCAUUUUUAUCGCAACUCUGCAGAAUGGAAGGAAUGCAGCUCGUAUGUUGCUGGUUGACUAG